GGAGUCGGACGUCGGAGGAUUUCUCGUCUCACGGUGCAACGUUUAAGCCUGACUCGGUACAGUUCUAUCGGGUUCGUAAUUAAACAGCGAGCCAUUAAAACAAGACGUAAAUAUUAUUAUUUAAAUAACGAUGCAAGCUAUUAAGUGUGUCGUUGUCGGUGAUGGAGCUGUCGGUAAGACGUGUUUACUCAUUAGUUAUACUACCAAUGCCUUUCCUGGUGAGUAUAUACCAACGGUCUUCGACAAUUAUUCAGCGAAUGUAAUGGUCGAUGGAAAACCAAUUAAUCUGGGACUAUGGGAUACUGCUGGACAGGAAGAUUAUGAUAGAUUACGACCACUAUCUUAUCCACAGACUGAUGUCUUUUUAAUAUGCUUUUCGCUCGUGAAUCCAGCGAGUUUUGAAAAUGUUAGAGCUAAGUGGUACCCUGAAGUACGUCAUCAUUGUCCAAAUACUCCGAUUAUACUUGUGGGAACUAAAUUAGAUUUACGUGAGGACAAAGAAACUAUUGAACGACUCAAAGAUAAAAAAUUAGCGCCUAUUACUUAUCCUCAAGGCUUAGCAAUGGCUAAAGAAAUCGGUGCAGUUAAAUAUCUCGAAUGUUCGGCAUUAACGCAAAAAGGAUUAAAAACUGUAUUUGAUGAAGCGAUACGUGCAGUAUUGUGUCCAGUGCCACAGGUAAAACCCAAACAUAAAUGUUGUCUCCUAUAAUAUUAAUUAUUUAACGACGCCCGAUCUACCACAAGCGUGAGCCACCUUCGUCUUCAUCGUUAUUUUUCCCCCGAGUUCAUACUAAAACUCGAGACGACGAUGUAGGCAACAUACAACGUAUGUCGUAUCUCCUUGAGUUUUGUGCCGUUUAUCAUCUUCGUCAUCAUUACUAUCAUUUAUUGUUCCGUAAUAUUUUUUACAUUAAUAUUAAUGUAAGAAUUCCGAGCUAACAUAGCGCACAGUUGGUCAAAUAAUUUUCGAUGCAGGAAACAGUUAUAAUUAAUUUUUAUAAUUAUUUUUUUUUUUUUUACAUUAAAUACUUUGUUUUAUUCAACGCAUGCUUUUUUUACUAUUAACUGAAUUAAUACGAUCGGGAUCUGUCGUAAUUGAAAAUAAAUUAUCAUUAAUGGUAAUAAAAAAAAUACAAGUUAGUAAAAAAAAAUUUCGGGUAAGAGAGUUAUCAGAGGAACUGGUAAUUAACAAAUAAAAUAAUUGUACUAAUAGAUCGGACUAUGAACUUUAUUAAUUAUUAAUUAAUAAUAAAUAAUAAAUUACAAAUAAAAUAAUAAUAAUGAAUAAAAAUUGAAUUACAAAAAAAAAAA